CCUCCGCGCCUCCUUGGCAUCGCCGCCCUCCGCCCCCGCACGGCCGCACGCGCGCGCGCGGCUCUCCGCCGUCCGUUCCGUGCUCCGGAGAUCCGGCCUCAUCCGCCCCGCCCUCGUCGUCUCCUCCCCCACUCCCGUCUCGUCCGCUUUCUUUAAUCAAUCCCCCGCGCCGCCCAACCCCAAGCAACCCCACCACUAAUCCGUUCCUUUUUCCUUUCCUGACCGUGGCGACGAUGGACGGUGGCGGCGACCUCACCGCGCCGGGUGGCUGCGCCGGCGGUUCAUGCGCUGCCGUGCGGGUUUCGCGGUCGCUUGUGGAAUCGAUUUGAUCGCGCGGACCUGGUCGCUGGCUCCCUUCUUGGUGUUCUUGGCGCUGGCCGGGCUCGGGGGCGAUCGGGGCGCUUUGGGUUCCUGCUUCUCGAGGCACCCGACGAUCUUCUCCGGGAAAAAGUGCCCUGCUCCUGGUACCAUUGAGACAAGUCUGCGGGUAGACCUGUGUCUUAACAACCUCUGAACACAGGGAAUGCCCUGAUGUGUAACUAAGAUCCUAGUUUGGUGAUUUUGGAGUUGUAUUCUUCUGGAAGUUCUUGAAAGGAGAUGUUAAGAAAAUACACAUAAUUCUGUGACGGUGGAUGUCGGUCAUGGAAGAGACAGUGAUCAGAAUAGCUAGUGAGUUAAAACCAGGCAAUGGGCAGGACUCUUUGAUUGAACUGCCUAGAGCUAUGGAGACUUUAGUGGUGCAUGAUGAUGAAGUAGAAAAAUUAAUUGGACUUGAAGAGGACACAGAAUUAACACCUUGUGAAGGAAUGGAGUUUGAGUCUGAAGAUGCAGCAAGGGAUUUCUACAGCACAUAUGCAAGAAAUGCUGGUUUUCGGAUCCGGAUAAGCCGGUAUACUCGCUCGAGGCGUGAUAAUUCAAUCAUAUCUCGUCGUAUUGUGUGUUCAAAAGAGGGAUUUCAUGAAACUCGUGCUUGUGAUGGCCUCCAGUCCGACCAAAAACAGCAUGAAAGGGCAGGUACUAGAGUUGGUUGCAAGGCCAUGAUAAUGAUUAAAAAUUUUGAACCUGGCAAAUGGAUAGUUACCAAAUUCGUAAAGAACCACAAUCAUGGACCAGUUCCACCAAGAAAACUUGAUUCUAGGCCAGUAAACCAGGACUGCAAUCCAAUGGAGAAGCCACAUACUAUUGAGGUGGAUCCUGUUGAGGAACCAUUUGAGGGUAUGGAAUUUGAAUCGGAAGAAGCUGCAAAAUUAUUCUAUGUAAACUAUGCUAGGCUAAAUGGUUUCCGUGCACGUAUUAGCAGAUACUGCCGUUCAAGGCGUGAUAAUUCAAUCAUUUCUCGCCAGAUUGUGUGUUCCAAGGAAGGCUUCCGUGAAAUUCGGACCAAGAAAGUGAUGACAGAUGAAGGGAAAACAAAGCGCCCAAGAAUGAUAACUAGAGUUGGUUGCAAAGCUAUGAUUGUAGUGAAAAAGAUGAAGUCUGGAAAAUGGAUGGUUUCUAAAUUUGAGAAGGAGCAUAACCAUUCGCUAUCAUAUUCUAAAAUGAUCCCUAUUACCUCAAAUAUUACUUCUGGAGAAGUUGCUCAUUUCGAUGCAAAGAGUGCAGAUCAUAAUGAUGUAAAAAAUGAAGGGCACUGUGAAGGAACCCAAUGUAAUCCUGCAGAUUCUCUCACUGUCCUUUAUAACAAUUUAUGUCAGGAGGCUAUAAAAUUUGCAAAAGAAGGGUCAGUCACAGAAGAAAUUUACCAUGUGGCCGUUUCUGCCUUGAAGGAGGCUGCAGAAAAGGUUGCUGAAGUCAAAAGGAGUCGUCCAACGUCACAUCGUGGUUUUAUUAGCGAAAGCAAACAUGAUGUUUUACACGCUAAAACUAUGAGCACCUUGCAAUGUUCAAAUGAGGUUGAACUGAAAACAACAUCACCUGGGUCUGUGACACUUCAAGAGUCUGCCUCCAAUCGUUUGCUGGUACCAACCAACAUUUUGACUGAUUCAAUGUUAUAUAACCGCGGCAACAAUGUUCCUCCAUCAAGUGAUUUCUCCACAAAUGGAAGGCAAGGUAGGCAUACGACAGAAGGUUCUCUUAUGCAUUUUGAUAACAUAAAGGGGACCUCUUCACAAAAAUCUCAGAACACUAGAUCUAAUCAUGCCAUCCAUGGAAAGGAUGAAGGUAUCCGUGGAUCUUCUGAAGAAACCAUGGUUGCUAUUCCUGCGAUACCUCUUGCGCUGUGCAUGCCUAUGAUGCAGAACUUGCCUAGAUCUUCUUCAGAGGGGCCAUACAGAUUGUUGACUGCACCUAUUGAAGCAGUUCCGAUUUCAUACCGUCCUGCAGAACCCAUCAGGCAACCACAAAAAGGAGUUUGUGCUUUAGGACCAUUUGCAGGUGUUCUCACUGAACUGAACAAGCGAGGAAUGGGUCCGAACUCUCUGGUUCAUGCAACAGCUCUUGCUUGUGGUGCUCGUGUUGCUCCGCUUGAGGAGGCAGCUUCGCUUAUCAGUGUCGUUGAAUCCAAGAUCAGAUCUGGAGAGGCCAUAAUAGCAAAGCUGCCUUCAAGCAACAUGACAUUUCCAGUUCCUCCAGCUAUCGCCAUGUCAUCUUCCAGUGAAGAUGAGGAGAAUGGCCACAGUGAGCCCCUAAUGGUGGAUAUCAAUCGCAACUGCCAUGAUCAGAGCUCUGACGAAAUGAAGCUCCAGAGCGGGCCAUCAGAGUUGGAAACUGAAGCUGACAACUGAUCUGCGCGGCCUGAAGAUGUAAAUCAUGAUCAUAUGGAUUGCUAACAACUAUUUAGUGAAGGACUGGAGCUGUUCUAAAGACCAAGCCCUUCCUGUAAUGUGGUGGAUUGAUUCUAUGAUUUAAAAAUUUUGUAACAAUGAGUUAGGAUCCUUGUCACUUAAUUCUGUUGCCCUAUGUUGCACUUAUGCUAA